AUGCUGCUUCCUGUCCUCCUAUCCCUAUCAAUCUACACCAUCUUCCUCCACCCCAUAGCCCUCUACCUCCUCGACAAAAAGAACCUCCGCCAAUAUCCCUCCCCCUCCAUCUCCUCCCUCUCCAUCCUCUGGCGCCUCUCCCAAAUCCUGCAGAACAAACACUACAAAUCCAUCUACGACGCGCACCAAAAGUACGGCACACACGUCCGCAUCGGACCAACCCAGCUCUCCAUCUCGGACCCGCGCGCCAUGAACGACAUCUACGGCCACAGGGCGAAUUUCGCCAAAGAUGAAUUCUACGAUGCAGGGUCCGGGCCGCAUCGCUCGAUGGCGGAUACGAGGGACAGAGAGGAGCAUCAGAGGAAGAGGAAGAUGCUGGCGCAUGCGUUUGCGCAGAAGACGAUUGUGGGAUUGGAGGAGUUGGUGAGGACGGGGGUUGUUGACUUGGUGGCACAAUUCGAUACCUACGCCAGCAGCAAAAAGGACAUGAAUGUGAGGCGGGUUUUGAAUUACUUCGCUAUUGAUUUCAUGGGCCUUGUGCUCUUUGGGGAGUCGCUGGAUUGUGUGCGGAGGGGGGAUGAUCUUGUUGAUGCGACGAGUUCAGAGGGAGAGGGGGUAUAUCAGGUUCCCUUUGUGAAGACGCUGCAUAACAUCCAUAUGCAUACUGUUCUUACGGGGGCAGAACCGGCUUUGCUUCCUCUUACCAGUCCGCUGCUAUCAUGGCAUCCGGGCGUCCGAUCCGGCAAGGACUGGGGGAAUGUCAUCAAGAACCUCUACCAGAAACGCCUGGCAGUUCCGGAUCCAGAAUCCCAGCCUGAUGUCUUCUCCAAGUUCCUCAGAAACAGUAAAGGAGAGGAAAUGAACCUGGACCCGGCGGAGAUCAUGGUCGAGUGCGCCGUGAUCAUGAACGCAGGGAGCGAGACCAACACCGCUGCUCUGGUCUCGGUGAUUUACCAUAUCUACAAGCACCCGGCAGUCUUGGAGAGACUGCGUGGGGAGAUUGAUGCUGCUGUCCCACUCAAUACCGGACAGGAUAUCCCUCCGUAUCAUGCACUCGCGGCACUCCCUUACCUCCGCGCCUGUAUCGACGAAGGUCUACGCAUCCAGCCCGCCUCAACCCAGGGCUUCCCUCGAGUUGUGCCGAAAGGCGGGCGUAUGAUUGCAGGGCGUUUCGUAGAAGAAGGCGUGACAGUCUCGGUGCCCACAUAUACCCUCCUCCAAGACCCGACAGCCUUCGAAAACCCCUUCGAAUAUAACCCCAGCCGGUGGCUUACCGGUGAUAAAUCCAAGCUGCACGCCGCGUUCUACCCCUUCAGUCAUGGUCCGCGCGCCUGCAUUGGUCGGAAUAUAUCGUAUUUUGAACAUGUCCUGGCCGUUGGCACGAUUGUGAGGCUUUUUGACAUUGAGUUGCUGAAUGAGCUUGUGACGAUUGAGCGGUUUAAUGGGAAUCCGGGGGAAUUGUUUGGGAUGGUGAAGAGGAGGGUGGGUUUACAGCAGCAAUAG